CAGCAGGCGCCUGCCCCUUUUGCUACAACGCCACAAUCAUCUGGACUGGCCUCCAGCCCUGAUCGCAGCAGGUCUGAGCCAGCGAUCCCAGACUCGUUAAGUCCAGGACCGCCUUCUAUUAUCAAUUCUUAUGGCUCGAGAAUUGGGAAUCCACCACAACACGGUCCAUACCCUCGGCUCAUGUCCACCAGUACAGAGCAUCAAUUAAAAGCGCUCAAACGAAAGGUUAGCGCACUUGAGGAUCAGCUACAGGAAGCUUUAGCGGGUCAUCGUCCGCUUCGAGCGGAGAAUGAAGAUAUCCACCAAAAUAAUCAUCGGCGGGAAGAUGAUGAGAGAGAGGCAGAAGAAAGAUCCUGGUCACAGCAGACUGGGGGACAUUCGCCACCAUAUGGACAGCUCCAGGAUGUUGGGCAAGAAUCGGCACCCCCACCACACGACCGAAAGUCAAUUAUGUUGAAUAAAUCCCGACUCUAUGGUCCGAGCCAUUGGACGCACGGCGGGCGCGAGCUGAGAAGAGUUGCUGUGCUCAUGAAAUUGAUAAAUGAUAACGCUGCAUCCGUUGACGACUCUGCUGAGAUUGAUGCAUAUAAGGCCCAGAUGUCAGAGAUACGACGGCUCCUUCUCAGAUGCAAGCUCUUUGCUCGAAAUAUGAAAGCAUCCCGUCACGGUAGGUCAAUGUCUUGGCCGGCCGAAUCAAGCCUCUGCAUGCCUACUAAUCGAGAGUUUGCCGAUCAUAUGGCACAUAUCUACGUAUCCCGCUUCGAAUCGGCGUUCCGCAUCCUUCAUAUUCCUUCGUUCUGGACCGAAUACGAGCAUUACUGGAGAGGUUCGACAGAGAUAUCGAGCGCGGUCCGACUGAAGAUUGAGCUGGUGAUAGCGAUUGGGUCCAGUCUAUAUCGAGACAGCCCUGAUUCUGAGACUGUCCGCUCCACAUCGCUCCAAUUGGUACAUGCUGCACAGAGCUGGGUGUCCGGUCUGAUGGAAAAGGAUCAGUUGGGUCUCAGUGGACUUCAAGUGCAGUGUCUCUUGAUCUUAGCUCGUCAAGUUCUGUCCGUCAGUGGGGAUCUCAUCUGGAUUGCAGUCGGCACACUUGUUCGCACAGCCAUGCAAAUGGGAUUGCAUCGUGAUCCUGAGCAUUUUGCGAAUAUGACCAUAUUUCAUGCAGAGCUUCGAAGACGUUUAUGGGCCACGAUACUGGAAAUGAAUCUCCAAGCGUCGUUGGACUCGGGCGUGCCGCUCGCCAUGUCAUGCAAUGAUUUCGAUACCAAAAGCCCAUCGAACAUCAACGACGACGAUAUCAACGACAGCGCAACAACCCUCCCUCAUCAUUCAAGGGACACCAGAACGGAUACAUCCAUACAGCUUCAUUUGCUCAGAUACCUACGGGUACGGAUGGAACUAAUCCACCGCGUCAACGGCUCCAGCCCUUCCAAUUUCUCGCAAGACGAAAUUCAAUCUAUAACCUCGCAGCUUACCAAAGCUUGCCAGGAAUGCGCGUCUCAGCUGCCGGAAAGCAGCUUCGACAGUAAUUUGGAUGGGGGUGAUGAAGAUCUCAAAGUUUUCAGAUACAACAUGGCAGAUCUACUCUUGCGCAGAUUUCUGCUUACUCUGCACCGUCCUUUGGCGAGCAACGCCGACAUCAGCCACCCUGCAGCUUACUUCUCGAGAAAAGUCUGCCUUGAUUCUGCGACUGCACUGCUCUCACCGCCACCAAAUGCCGACUUCGCUCACCUCGUUCUGCUUGGCGGAGGUAUAUUCAAGAACCGCAUCAUGCACGCCACCCUGGCUGUAAGCUCCGAGCUGCUCAUCGAUCUCGAAGAGCACGGGCGUGCGGUGCAAUGGCCGUCCACCUAUCGGAGGAUGCUGAUCAGUACCCUUCGAGGAGCCCUGGGGCAGCUUGCGGCGCGUAUAAGUCUGGGCGAGACGAAUGUUCGGCCUUAUAUGAAGCUUAGCGUUGUCCUCUGUCACGCAGAGUGCACUGAAACGGGCACUGCAUUGCGACAGCGUGUGGCACAAACCGCAAGGGAGAGCUUGGAGGUGUGUUAUGCCGCUAUGCAGGCUCGAGCUUCAAACUUAGCAGUUGGUGAUAAGGAGUCCGGUGAUGUGACAGAACCGCAUCAACAGGACGUGGGGGACUCAAUGAUGUCCCAGGAUCUGGCGGUUCUCGACUUCUCGGACUUUGGUGGUUGGGACUUGAAUGAGUUCUUCGGCAUGGUAGAUUUCGAUUCGGAUGUGCUGCUCUGA